UGUGGAGGCGAGCGUGGACCACAGCAUGGCCAUGUCGCCCUGGAUUUAACCAGAAAAAAUACACUCUUGAAAAGAAUCCCAGAAGAUGACAUGAUGCAAAGAGGCAGCCCUCAGGAGAGGAGGUCCAAUAUGUGUCUGUGUGUGCGUCUGAGGCUGGGAGGUGAAUCAAUGGGGCACUAGAAGUUCUCAGAUCUUAUUCAACGGUUUAUUCUUUUUCACUCUUUAUUAGUCAAAAGGAAGAGUCGUGUUAAAGUUAAACAGUAAAGUUAAAAGACCAACGGAAAUAUCUAAGAUAAAAUACCCUUUUGCAGUGAUUUAAAUACCAUGGCAACCUAACAGUGAUGCCCCUCACCCUUUUAAUCGAAUGAACAUUACUUGUGAUUAACAAACAUUUGGGGUAUACAAAGACAAACUGAGAACAGAUAUGACAGACAACGGGAGCUCAAGACUUGACAACCCAACCAACAUCUCUCUAAAUCCCAGCGAUGCCACCCGGGAGUCGUUGGAGUACAAGACAGUUUCGGUCUUCCUAGUCCUGCUUGUGUGCGCUGUGGGCAUUGUUGGAAACAUCAUGGUGGUCCUCGUGGUCCUUACCACCCGUCACAUGAGGACACCCACCAACUGUUAUCUGGUCAGCCUGGCCAUAGCUGACCUGACGGUGCUGGUGGCGGCAGGGCUGCCCAACGUUACAGACAGUCUGACGGGCACAUGGGUUUUUGGCCACGUCGGCUGUCUGGGGAUCACCUACCUUCAGUACCUUGGCAUCAACGUGUCCUCCUGCUCCAUUACUGCCUUCACAGUGGAGAGGUACAUAGCAAUCUGCCAUCCAAUGACGGCUCAGACAGUGUGCACAGUGUCCCGGGCCAGGCGGAUAAUUUCCGUGGUUUGGAUCUGCACCUGUGUCUACUGCAUGCUGUGGUUUUUCCUGGUGGACAUUCAGGUCAGCCAGGAUGGACAUGUGCAGUGCGGCUACAAAGUGAAACGAGAGCUCUACCUGCCUAUCUACCUCAUCGACUUUUCCAUUUUCUAUGUAAUACCGCUGCUCCUAGCCAUUGUACUGUAUGGCUUGAUUGCACAGGUCCUCUACCUCAGCCGCCUGCCCAACCAUUGUGACACCAGCGCCACGACGCUGCGUCGCAGCUGCAGGGAAGCCUCCGAAGCGCGGAAGGGUGGUCGACAGGCACGGCCAAAGAGCACACUCUCCUCCAGGAAACAGGUAACAAAUAUGCUGGCAGUAGUGGUCAUCCUAUUUGCUCUACUGUGGAUGCCUUACCGGACUUUAGUUUUGAUCAACUCUUUUGUGUCCACGCCCUAUCUGGAUGCCUGGUUCCUCCUGUUUUGUCGGACGUGCAUCUAUGCCAACAGUGCUAUAAACCCUGUGAUAUACAAUGCCAUGUCUCAGAAGUUUCGCUCAGCAUUUCGCGGGCUUUAUUGCUGCCAACAUUUAGAAGGAAAUCAGAGGGAACUGUCAAUGAUCCGGAUGGGCGUCGGCAGUAUUCGUGACCCCCCAGCUCAAGGCAAUAGCAAUAGAACAAAUGAAAAUGCAAGGAGAGAGCCAUUCAAUGCUGCCACUCACAUGACUACAAACCAGAAUAGAGGUGGUCAUAAUGAGAUAGCAACAACCAAUGGCAAGAAAAACUGGCCUUUAUAAAACUUUGAUUAAGAAGAAAGUUUCAGUUUCAAACGAGCAUUUAUCUUGGCAAAUUUCAAUUUAUGUUUCCACGGGCCAUAAGAGCCCUUUCAUAUGGCACAUUGCAUAAAGACGGCUGUGCCUUGAACUCCUUAUUUUUGGUAAUCCUGUCAGUAGUUCUUAUUAGACAAAGCUGCACAUUUUCCCUUUGAUUAUGGAUACUUGCUCUUUGUUAACAUUUUCGGUGAAAUCUAAAUCUUUGAAUGGGACAUGCUAUGACUUAUUGGAGGCUUAGUCUUCCUUUGCAAGUGUAUUUUUUAGUUUUUUUUUAAGCAUUACCCUGAUAUUUGACUUUAAAAUAUAAAAUACUGAUCCAUCGAUUAAAUGUGUUGAUAAAAGUACAAUAAAUUAGCAGUGUUAUCAUGAUCAUCAACAUCAUUAAAAAAAACGCUUGAAUAACUGCUUUCGUUUCCUACAAAACUGCAUGAUAGUAACGUGAUGAUAAAAUCUAAGUAGAAUUGUUGUGUCUUGAUGACACGGUCUUGUCUCGUGAAAACUGUACCGCAUACUCAGAAAAAAUGUAGAUUGUUAUUAUAAAGGAUAAUUGUGUAUGAAAUGUCGGAUUGCAGCUUUGUAAAUAUUACUUGAACCCGUAAAGUAUGUGUGUGUAAUUCUGUGAUUAUUUAGCCCUGAACUUCUGGUUUGUUGCAUUUUAGAUUAUCUGUAAGCAUGAAUUAUUUGUUGAUGUGUUUUUUUUUGAUGUUUUGGUUGAUGUUUUCAUAAAUAUGUAAUAAACUCUGAUGAUUAGCUUUGAUUGCAUUUGCAUUGCAAUGUCUUUCCUUCUGGAUUUUGGCAAAAGUCAAUAAAACACAUUUGGUAAAGUGUC